AACAACUAUAUAAUGUUGGAACGUUCACCCAGAAAGAUGCAAACGCAAACGCGAUUCAAUUGAGUUGUGUUGUAUCAAAUAUAAACUGGAUAAACAGCAGAAAUUAAUUAAAUUAACAACAUGACUCCUUUGAUUUUAAUUUUGGCUAUUGCCUCAGUAUGUCAAGCUGGUUAUUUAGGUGGACCAGAAUAUGCCAUUCCAAGAUUUGAACCACCAGCACCAACUGGUCACGAUGGUAAUGUAAUUGAUACUCCUGAAGUUGCUCAUGCAAAGGCUGCUCACUUGGCUGAAUUUGCAAGAGCAGCACAACGUGCAGCUGAACAAAAAGAUGAUGCAUAUGCACAACCAGGACCAUCAUAUCCAAUUCAUCAAUCUUAUCAACAAUCAAAACCAAUCUAUCAAGCACCAAGUCAUAUUCCAUCUCAAAUAUCAGCCUACAGAAGUCCAUCACCAGCACCAGCACCAGCACCACAACAUUAUCAAUAUUCAGCUGGACCAAGUUAUCCACAAGCUGCAUUACCAGCUCCACACUAUGCAUCAGCUGUUAAAGCACCAUUUCAACCAGCUCCACUUGCUGAAGAUGGACGUGUUGUUGAUACACCAGAAGUUGCUGCUUUAAAACAUCAAAGACUAUCUGAACUUGCUGAUGCUGAAGCAAGAGCAUAUAAAAAUGCUGGACCAGAAGAACCAGCAUACAAUGAAGGACCAGCUCCAAUUCAAUACAAUCAAGGUUACAAUGCACCACAAAGUUAUUAUGGUAAAUCUGCUUAUCAACCACACUUAGGAGCAUAUUAAAUCCAAUAAAUAGAAAAUGAAAAAAAAAACAAAUAUAUUAUUAUAUCAACAAAUCAUCAUAUUAUAUUUUACAUUUCUGAAAUAAACUGUACAUAAUUUUAGGCCAAAUAAAUUUGAUUUUUUAUGAA